AUGUCUGCCGUCGCCUCACACCCAGCCACCGAGCCGAAGAAGCUCAUUCUCUGUUUCGAUGGCACUGGCAACACUUUCAGUGGAUCCAAUGCUAACACCAAUGUUAUCAAGCUUCUUAAUAAGCUAGAUCGCAACAAUCCGGACCAGUUCCAUUAUUAUCAAACGGGUAUCGGCACGUAUGAUAUCAAUGAGCGAUCUAUCAACAAGACGUUUCUAGGGGAGAUCCAAAGCUCCAUCUCCCAGACUAUCGAUCAAGGGAUCGGUACCACCUUUGACGCUCACGUCAUAGCUGGCUACCGAUUUCUGAUGCGCUACUACAACUCGGGAGACAAGAUCUACAUGUUCGGGUUUAGCCGCGGAGCCUUCACAGCAAAAUUUCUCGCCCGGAUGAUCUACACCGUCGGCCUGCUCUGCAAGGGCAACGAAGAGAUGGUUCCCUUUGCGUAUCGCCUGUACCAACGCUAUCUCGCCGGCGAAGUGGAGGAGUUCGCCCAGGCUCAAGAGAAACGUCUCAAAAAACACAAGAAAAAUCAGGGGAACGGGGAUUCAUCGGUUCCAGUUCUCAAUGGGGAUGCAGAUUCCAUUUCACUCCUCAAUGGAGACACUGUACAGGAUGCCGGACAGGCCCGCCACGAGCGAAAGGUGGCUCGCGACGAGAUUUCCGCGUUCAGUAACACCUUCUGCCGCAAGGAGCAGACAAGGCACCGCGACGGGAUGCAAGAGACCAACAUCAAGGUAUAUUUCCUCGGCAUCUGGGACUAUGUCAACUCGGUUGCCGUCCUGGAGCGGAAGUCGCCCAUCCCCGUACCGGUCAAGGGGACGGCGUACUACGUUCGCCACGCCGUGGCCGUCGAUGAGCGUCGGGUCAAAUUCAAGCCCGCGCUCCUUGCCCAGGACAUCCGCGCCACGUCCGACCAGGACGAAGACAUCAAGGAGGUCUGGUUCCCAGGCUGCCACGGCGACGUAGGCGGCGGCUGGCCCGCCGUCGCCGACCACCCUCUAGACUCCAACCAGGAGAUGACACUGUGGCAGCGAAUCAAGAACUUCUGGACCACGCGCCGCGCCAAGGAGCCCAGCGGGGAUGUCGGCCAUGAUCCGUUCCAGAUGAGCGACGUGCCACUGGCCUGGAUGAUCAGCGAACUGGAGCUCGUGGGUGAGAAGGACCCAUCAGCCGCGGUCAAGUGGUCCAAUAACGUCAACGGCUUCAAGAAGCGCUUCAGAAAGAAGAAGACGAAGGCCAUCAAUGGUCUGAUACAUGACUCGCUCAGCUUCGGCUACGGUACUGGGUUCUUCAAGGUCUUGCUCUGGAAGUUCAUGGGGCGCAUCGCGACAGUUGAGCCAGUUGUACAGGUGCAGGAGGUUACCGACCCAGACCACCAGACGUUUGCUUUUGCCAAGGCUUCCAGCGAGUAG